AUGGGGAAACAAGGGGGAAGAGAUGUACUUGUGACAGGAGGUUUUGACACUUGGAGUAAAAAUAAAUCAUUGAAAGAUCAUGAGGGUAAAGUUGAUAGUCAUCACAACAAAGCAAAACAAAAAUAUGAAAAUCUAGUAAAGAAAAAAUUUUUAUUGAAGAAUGUGUUACCAUUUCGUGGUCAUGACGAGUCGGAUAAAUCAAUUUCUAAAGGCCUUUUCAUUGAAGAAUUAUCAUUCCUUUGGGACCAUAAUGAAAGAAUUUAUAAUGUUACUUUAGAAAAUGCUCCAAAAAAUGAAAAGUUGACGUCUCCAAAGAUUCAAAAAGAGAUUUUUCAAUGCUUUUCAAAAGAGAUAAUAAAAUCCAUAUGUGAAGACAUUGGUAAUGAUGUGUUUACCAUAUUAGUAGACGAGUCUAGUGAUGUAUCCAAAAAGCAACAAAUGGCUAUGGUUUUGCGAGAUGUUAAUAGCCUUGGAUUAGUGAAAGAAAGAUUUGUUGUAAUUGUUCACGUGACGGAUACAACUUCUUUAACUCUAAAAGAAGCCAUUGAUUCGGUAUUUACCAACAAUAACUUGAGUAUAUCUCAGGCAAGAGGGCAUGGAUAUGAUGGAGCAAGUAGUAUCGAGGUGCAUUUAAUGCAAUUAGAUUUGGUGGUUAAUGUGGUGUGUGCUUCUUGUAAAAGAAAAGAUAUCAUACGAGAUAGUUACAAGGAAAGGGUUCAAAAAGAAAUUGGUAAUGGUGAAAUUGAGACCGGAAGAGGGUUAAAUCAGGAGACUUCUCUUGUUCGAGCCGGGGAUACAAGAUAG